GAUAAUCUGGAUACUUGUUUCAAAAUUUUAGAUUCUUAAAAUUUUUUUUGGCGUACAAAAUUUGACACACAGGCAUUACACUCAUGGCAGCUGCCGCCAAAGAUAAAACCAGUACGAAGAAGGUCAUAACCGUACAAUCAAAAGACGAUUUUGAUCGGGUCGUUGCGGAGGCGGGCAACAAACAUGUUCUGGUGGAGUUUUUUGCCACGUGGUGUGGCCCAUGCGCUCUGAUCGGGCCUCGUCUGGAGGAGUUGGCGCAGGAGUACGCGGACUGCUUAGUUAUCGUCAAGGUGGAUGUGGAUGAUAAUGAGGAUCUCGCCGAGGAGUAUGAUGUCAGCAGCAUGCCCUCGUUUCUGAUCAUCAAGAACAAAAUCAAACUGGAGCAGUUUGUGGGCAGCAGCGGCGAAAAAGUGCAGAGCACUCUACAAAAGUUCUGCGGCAAGCGCGAUGAGAAAACUACUACGGCUGCGGGUGCGGGCCCCAGCCAGAAGCCGAACAGAGUGGUUUCCAUGAUCAAAGUAGUUAGCCCCAGUAAAGCGAAUGUUAUGCAUUCGGACAAAAAAUAGACCACCUCUGCAC